UUUGGCUCAGACCAUCCAGCCCAAGGCUUCGGAGGCUCCCGCGCGCGCGACGUCGGCUCGCCCCCCCCCCCCCCCCGGUGAGAUCACGGCCCACCAACAGGACGCUCCCGCGGCACAAUGUCCGCCAUGGCACUCACGCCCUCUGAGGCGGACAGGGCGUGCUCGCAGCAGGACGCGUGCGGGCUCUGCGAGGAGAGCGUCGCUGAGGUCCGCGGCCCCACCACCAGGAGCGCGUUUCCUUAUUGCUUGGGGCACGAUGGGACAGUAAGCUCCGAUACACGAACUCCUUGGACAGCGCCACCCAGUGGCGGCGCGACCUGAAGAAGCGAACGGCCAGCAGGCACGCGAAAUCCGCGAUGGUCAUGGUGUCCCUCAGCAUGGGCUUCUUGGUGCUGGGGUCGAUCGUGGGCAUCCGUGUGCUGUCCUGGGACAUCAUCUCGAGGGACCUCACGAAGACCAGCGAGGAUGGCCAGAAGAGCAAGGUGGAGCAGGUGUCGAAGGAGGUCCUCUCCUUCUUCCAGCUCGGCUCCAGGAUGGCGCAGUCGACCUCCCAGUUCUACAACAUCUCCUUCGCGCAGGACGGCGCGGCCGCGCCGCAGCAGUUCCUCGCGGCCUUCGGCAAGACACAGUGGUCCGCUCUGCGUCAGUCGGUCACGAUCCAGGACGUGCUCGUGGCCCAGGCGCGCAACCUCACGCUCGUGGCCGCGUCGGCGGACGCCAGCUGCAAUGUGGACUCCAUCUACCUCGGCGACGGGUACCUGGCAGACAUCAGCCCGGCUACAACCGGGCUCACCCAGCAGGAAGCCGACGACAGCACGAACCCGUGGGCGUCCACGGGGGUCAACCUGGGCAUCACCGCGGCCUCGCUCGCGGGCGACCCCAACAUCCCGCCGAGCGUAUACCUCGCCGACCCGCUGAUGUGGAUCGCCAACUUUCUGGAAGACCAGGCUUGCUCGAUCGGGGGGUCCUCCAUCGCCAACGGCGAGUACAUGUGGGCGGACAAUGGGCUGCCUGGGACCUGGGGAGGCGGCGCCGCGGACUCGGGGCUGCGGGGACCGCGGUGGCAGCGGAAGGCGCUGGUGAGUCCCGCGGAGAAGCUGGUGCGCAAGGCCGUCUUCUUUGGGCUGCCGGGCCCCUCCUGGGCCCCGCGCAGUGCCUGGGGGCGCGUGACCAUCAGGGUGGAGGACGAGACACAGCUCUUCGGCGAGGCAAACCUGCAGAGCGUACUCCGAAGCGUCGCGGCCGACUCGCGCGGCAGCACCGUCAUCUUCAUCCUCACUGGGCAGGGCGAGCUGCUCGCGAGCUCGCUGGAGAGCCAGAAGAUCGUGGACGAGCUCGCAGGGUCGCUGUUCAGGGGCGACGAGGCGGGGGCCGUGAUGACACCCAUCCAGCCCGUGGCCGAGGUUUUCAUACAGAGACACUGCUCCGCUGGCGACGACGGCGAGCUCGACUGCGACUGGGGCCAAGUGGAGGUGCUGCAGUACAUCGGGAGCUACGCCGUCGUCGCGAAGCCCAUCGACGACCCGCUCGCCGCUGGCCUGGGCCUGCUGCUCGUGGACCUGGUGGACGUUGAAGCCAUCACGGGCCGCAUCGAGGAGAUCAACCUCACGCUCAUCUGGAUCGGGCUGGCGAUCAUGCUCGGGGCCGUGCUGCAGUUCGUCAUGCUGUCGCGGCAGGUGACGGUGCCGCUCAGGAAGGCCCGCGACAACAUGUUCCUACUCAGCGACAUGAAGAUCGACGACGCGAUCUCGGCCUACGCCGAGGGGGGCGGCUGCUGCAGCCGCCCGCUGUUCACGGAGGCCCGCGACCUGCGCCUCAGCUUCUUGCACGCCGCCGGCGCCCUGCGGAGCUGGCGGGCGAGGGAGGUGCAGAGGCGCAUGCUGCUGGAGAGAUGGGGAGCGCGCCCAGCGGAUUCAGCACACGGUGGAGAGGGCGGUGCAGGGCGCGGGGAGGCUGAUGCACCCGAUGGUCCUGGUGAGCGCAGAGGAGAGUUCAUGCAGAUGCAGGAGCUCACUAGCUACGAGAGGCUGCGCAACGAGGGCAAGCUGGAGUUCCUUGACACCGAGGAGGAUCUCGCAAGGUUCAAGGCGGGCCACUCCGUCAUCUUCCUGUCCCACCAGUGGCUGAGCUGGGGGUUUCCUGACGACCACCAGCAGACGCAACUGAAGGCGAUGAAGAGCGCUGUUAGGACCGCCGCGCACCAGAUGCGCGCCGCGGGGGCCCGGGGCGCGUGGAAGAACAUGUACGUGUGGGUGGACUACUGCAGCAUCGCCCAGGAACACCGCGGCAUGCAGACCCUCGCCGUGUCCUCGCUGCCCGUCUACGCGUCCAGCGCUGACGUGUUCAUCAUCGUCGCGCCACCCGCGAAGCAUGCGCAGUCGAACGACCACGAUUUGCAUUCGUACAACUCCCGCGGCUGGUGCCGCGCCGAGAUGCUGUCGAAGAUCUGCAGCAGCGGGCUGGAGAACUUCUUCGUCCUGUCCACCGAGGGGGGCGAGCUGCAGCGCGUCACCGAGGAGAAUGGCUCCCGUCCCUGUCGAUGUACGUCUUCGAGGGCGAGUUUUCCUGCUGCCAGCAGCGGCACGCCCAUAGCGCCUGCGACAAGGAGGCGCUCGUCGAGCCCGUGCUCGGCCUCUAUUCGCUUGUGCUGCGGCAGGUGAGCGACGCCCAGGGCAGCAGCGGCGCGCGCCACAUGGAGCAGGUCCUGCGCCACAUCCGUCAGUCGAAGGAGAGCGGUUCUUCCCGAAAAAGUACACCUACAGGAUGGCCCCGCAGGAGGGCGAGACGGAGCAGGAGAGCAGGAGCGGGAGCUCUUCGGCCCGCUGGUGGAGGCCCUGGAGCAGCACAUGGACGCGGAGCGGAGCCUCCUGCGUUCGGACAGCCUCGACUCCGCCCGCAGCGUCCGCAGCAGGGUGCUAUGGGUCUGCUGAGCCGUGGCACCAGGCGCCCCGCGCAGCACCCGCCGCGCCGUCCCUCCGGGGCACCCUAGCGGUGUGGUGACUACACCGCGUGUUGACUCCUUUCGUCGGUUCCCCGAGGCUUUCUCCCAGCUCGGGAUGCUCUGUCGGCGGCUGCGCCUGCUCGCCAGCGCCUUCCGGGGGAGCAUUGCUCAGCUCGGCACAGCACAGCACAGGACAGCUCAGCACAGCAGAGCAGCGCA